AUCGCUGGACGAGUAUCAAAUUUUCAAAGAGAUUUUGUGUUUAUAGUAUUAUCAAUGGUUAAUGAACAUUGGAAGUUAUCUUAUCAGGCUAAUACAGAAGGGCAAAGCACAAUCUGGGACAGGGUUUGGAAUUGGAUUCUCAAAUCACACAGUUUCUGGAGAAUUUUAUUUCCCAAAUCACAAGAGCUCGUUGAAUCAUCAGCUCGGGGAUACAAUAAGAUCAGAUACGUGAUAUGGCGAAUCUCUAUGUGAAGGCGGUUCCGCCGGCGGAUCUGAACAGGAACACCGAGUGGUUCAUGUACCCAGGGGUGUGGACCACCUACAUACUCAUCUUGUUCUUCUCCUGGCUUCUCGUGCUCUCCAUCUUUGGCUGCUCUCCUGGCAUGGCCUGGACCUUCGUCAAUCUCGCCCACUUCUGUAUCACUUAUCACUUCUUCCACUGGAAGAAGGGAACACCAUUUGCAGAAGACCAGGGGAUCUAUAAUAGGCUAACUUGGUGGGAACAGAUAGAUAAUGGACAGCAGCUUACACGCAACAGAAAGUUCCUAACAGUUGUUCCUGUGGUGUUGUACUUGAUAGCCUCGCAUACGACUGACUAUCAACAUCCAAUGCUAUUCUUCAACACUCUUGCAGUUAUAGUGCUCGUUGUUGCCAAGUUCCCAAAUAUGCACAAGGUUCGGAUCUUUGGAAUCAAUGCAGACAAGUGAGGUGGGCUUGUGCUAAAAAAAUGUUUGUUUUUGCCUAUUUAAAAGCCACUGUAUACUGAUCCAUCUGCUGCUCUGUUUAAAGGUUAUUUCUCUGUAUAGAAAUCAGAACUGGAAGGCUAUUUGAAUAUGUAACGUUAUUGUGCUUCUUUUACAAGCCAUCUCAGGUGACGAUGCAAUAAAUUUGUCAAAGUUAUCUUUGUACAGUA